CCAUCCCGCCCCGGACUCCGGCUCCGGCUCCGGUUGCAGUUUGCAAGCUCCGCCGCCGCCGCCGCCGCCGUCGCUACCAGUUCGCGGACCGCUCAGGUGGCCCUCGCCUCGAUGUCCUAGUCCAGGGGCCCCCGGGCCAGACUCGGCGGGGCGCCCUUCACCCUAGGCUGGCGUCAUGCGGGCGAAUGGGGUUCUGCAGGUGCUGGGCUUACUUCUCAGCCUGGCCCGGGGCUCCGAGGUGGGCAACUCUCAGGCAGUGUGUCCCGGGACUCUGAAUGGGCUGAGUGUGACUGGCGACGCCGAGAACCAGUACCAGACUCUGCACAAGCUCUACGAGAGGUGCGAGGUGGUGAUGGGGAACCUGGAGAUCGUUCUCACCGGACACAACGCCGACCUCUCCUUCUUACAGUGGAUCCGAGAAGUGACAGGCUAUGUCCUGGUGGCCAUGAACGAAUUCUCCACGCUACCGUUGCCCAACCUCCGCGUGGUGCGGGGAACCCAGGUCUAUGACGGGAAGUUCGCCAUCUUCGUCUUGUUGAACUACAACACUAACUCCAGCCACGCGCUGCGCCAGCUGCGUUUCACUCAGCUCACUGAGAUUCUGUCAGGGGGCGUUUAUAUUGAGAAGAACGAAAAACUUUGUCACAUGGACACAAUUGACUGGAGGGACAUCGUGAGGGACCGAGAAGCUGAGAUAGUGGUGAAGAACAAUGGCAAAAGCUGUCCCCCCUGUCAUGAGGACUGCAAGGGACGAUGCUGGGGUCCUGGACCAGAAGACUGCCAGACAUUGACCAAGACCAUCUGUGCUCCUCAGUGUAAUGGUCACUGCUUUGGGCCCAAUCCCAACCAGUGCUGUCAUGAUGAGUGUGCAGGGGGCUGCUCAGGCCCGCAGGACACAGACUGCUUUGCCUGCCGACACUUCAAUGACAGCGGAGCCUGUGUACCCCGCUGUCCACAGCCUCUUGUCUACAACAAGCUAACUUUCCAGCUGGAGCCCAAUCCCCACACCAAGUAUCAAUAUGGAGGAGUUUGUGUAGCCAGCUGUCCCCACAACUUUGUGGUGGAUCAGACUUCUUGUGUGAGGGCCUGUCCUUCUGACAAGAUGGAAGUGGAUAAAAAUGGGCUCAAGAUGUGUGAACCUUGUGGUGGUCUAUGCCCCAAAUCCUGUGAGGGGACAGGCUCAGGGAGCCGUUUCCAGACCGUGGACUCCAGCAACAUCGAUGAAUUUGUGAACUGCACCAAGAUCCUGGGCAACUUGGACUUUUUGAUCACUGGUCUCAAUGGAGAUCCCUGGCACAAGAUCCCUGCCCUGGACCCUGAGAAGCUCAAUGUCUUUCGGACAGUGCGGGAGAUCACAG